GUGAGCACUCAGAAGGGAGGGAAACAGCGACACAGAAGUCAGAAACUUGUGAAUGAGGUAAUGGUCUGUCGGGAAUGCUGCUAUGAAUAUUGCUUAUUUAUAACGUCUUGUUGUCAGUUCACUUUCAUAUAUAGAAACUGAAUCUUUUUGGUUUAGUCAUCUUAGUCUUGGGAUGAUCUCUCAUCCAAUAUUUAACUGCUAACUUCCUCUAGACGUUUGCUACGCUAGCCAAAAUGUCUUUUUUUUUUUUAUAUCUCAUUUCAGUACAAUGCCACCACCAACUAAAAGGCUGAAACAGCAGCAGGACUUACUCAGCUUUUUUAAAAAGAGUAACGUCAGUGAGCAACAAUGCAGGGACAGCACAAAGGAGACAGGAAAAGGAGAGGAUAGUGCAACCGGGCUAGAGGCAGGAAGUCAGAGUGAGGGAGAGACAGGAGUGGAGCAACAGGUAAGACAGAGUAACUCAUACCAGUAGAUACUUCAUGAGAGUCCACAAAAAAAGUUGAAAAUUUUAAUCUUUUGCUUGUAGUAAGUGUAGUUCAGGGGCAUUGAGUGACAUUGUAACUUUUCCUUCUAGGGAGUUCAGACUAGGGACACACAGCUGAGAGACUCUGAAGUCAGUGGACAGAGAACAGAGCCAAAUCAGCCACAUCCAAAAUUCAUAGACCCUCAAGCUCUAGCCAACAGAACUUUACAUUUCCAAGGAAAGUGGUACAAGGAAUUUCCCUGGCUACAUUAUGAUGCAGUGAAAAAGGGCAUUUUGUGUUUUUAUUGCAUGGCAAUUUACCAGGACAAACUCACACCAUUUGGUGCAAAAUCCGAACCCGCCUUUAUCACUUCUGGAUUUAAAAAUUGGAAAAAAGCAUUCGAAAAAUUUAAAGCACAUGAAAAUAGUCACACACAUCAUCAUGCUGUUUCUGUGACUGCACAAGAAAGUCAUCCUAUAAAUGCCCAAUUAUCCAGUGCUUUGGCAACUCAGCAAGGUGACAAUAGGCACUGUCUGGAGAAAAUUGUGAGCUCCAUAAAAUAUUUGGCACGGCAGGGACAAGCUUUGAGAGGGCAUGACGAUGAUGACAGCAAUUUGUAUCAACUGUUGAAAAAUCUGGCAGAAGAUGAUGCCCUUUUGGCUAAGUGGUUGCUGAGGUCUCAGAAAGAAUACCUAAGUCCACAGAUACAGAAUGAAAUCUUGUGUUCUAUGAGCAAUAGUAUUGUCAGUGAAAUAGCAGAUACAAUCAGAAACCUACCAAUUUUUGAGUUUGCAAUUAUUAUGGAUGGAACACAGGACAUUUCUGGGAAAGAACAAGAAAGCAUUUGUCUGCGAUACAUUGACAGUGACAUGAAGCCCCAUGAAGAGUUUAUUGGCUUGUACUCAGUUUCUGAAACAACAGGAAAAAGCCUUGCUGCUGUUGUUAAAGAUGUGCUGCUCAGAUUAAACUUACCAAUGCAUGGUUUACGAGGUCAAACUUAUGAUGGAGCAGCCAAUAUGUCUGGGAAGCAUGCAGGUGUACAGGCACUGAUAAAGCAAGAGCAGCCACUAGCACUUUUUGUUCAUUGUGGAGCACACUGCACUAAUUUAAUUGCACAGAAAGCUUGCUUAGCCUCAGUUCUGAUCAGAGACGCAUUGGAUUGGGUGAACCAGCUUGGAGUUCUUUUCUCUCAGUCAGGGAAGUUUAAGGCAAUCCAUGCAGCAACAGCACAUACAGAGAAUCCAUCGUGCACUGCAAUAAAACCCCUGUGCCCCACAAGAUGGGCAAACAAACCUGAGCAAUGUCCUCAUUUCUUCGAAAAACUGAGUCAUCCGCCCAUCUUCUGCUUCAUCAAGAACAAGAAUAUUCCCAUUUGA